AAUAGAAAUUGAGCAUAUUAGGGUUUAAGGGUGAGAAAAAGAAGAAAAACUAUUAUCCAUCCAGCAGGCAAGGAGGGAGGGCUGAGAAGAGAGGAAAUGGACGAGGGGAAACAAGGAGUAAUGGUGGCUGCUCAGAACCCAAUUGCCCAGCUACAGGCGCGGUUCAAGGAUUUGGAGAAUGGGUUCAGGGCGUGGUUAGCUAAGCAGUCCUUGCCUGUUGAAGCCGCCGUCGUCACCGCCACCAGCGCCGCUCAGGGUGCGGCCAUUGGUGCUUUCAUGGGCACUCUUACCAACGACGCUACUUCUGCCAUUCCCACUCCUCCUCAAGCUAAUCUUAGUCCCCAAGCCAUGGCUUCUUUCAAGCAAGCCCAGGCUCUUGCGGGGGGUCCAUUGGUACAAGCUCGCAAUUUUGCUGUUAUGACAGGGGUUAAUGCUGGCAUAUCAUGUGUGAUGAAGAGAAUAAGAGGGAAGGAGGAUGUUCAGUCCAGCAUGGUGGCAGCUUUUGGGUCUGGCGCCAUGUUUUCAUUGGUGAGUGGCAUGGGUGGCCCGAAUCAGGCAGCCAAUGUAAUUACAUCUGGGCUCUUUUUUGCACUUAUACAAGGUGGAAUAUUUCAGAUAGGACAAAAGUUCUCUCAACCACCAGCUGAAGACUUGUUCUAUUCAAGAACAAGAUCCAUGUUAACAAGCCUGGGUCUCCAGAAUUAUGAAAAGAAUUUCAAGAGAGGCUUGUUAACAGACAGCACUUUGCCAUUGCUCACUGAUAGCGCUCUUAAAGAUGCGAGAAUUCCUCCUGGACCAAGGCUCCUCAUUCUUGAUCACAUCCAGAGGGACCCAGAGCUGAAAAAUGCAAGGCGGCUGUAGCUGGAUGUAGAGGAGUCGAACUGGUUGAGUUGCCAAAGAACAGACUCGCUUUUGACGAAUGGGGGAAUGGUAUAAUAGAGAUAAACUAUCAUUUUUGUUUGAAUUGUCCUCAUAAUUUAGUUGUCAUUUGAAGGACGUGCUUGAGAACUGCUUAGUCUCACUUGCUAUAUGGCUCUUUAAAUCUGCUUCUUAGUAGCUUCAAUUCUCAUGGCACCAUAAAUGGAUCAAACUUUACCAGGAAUCUGGGCUUUGAAUGUGGUAGUACUGCUCUGUUUUUUAUCCCUAAAACCAACUCAGCAUGGGUUAAUCUCU